CGCUGGAGGCUGUCGUGCUCUGGAGCCGCUAUGGAACGCAACAGAUGCCGUUUCUCUGCCCGAAAACUUCCGUGGGUCUCCUGCUAAGACCGCUGGGUUUUCUAACCUUCUGGGCUCCGCCGGCGGCUUCUCCGGGUUAUUUCCUCCUCUUCCUCCUCCUCCUCCGCUGCUGCUGCUGCUGCUCCUCAGGUCGGCUGCCUCUGCCUCGGUCUCCCCCCCGCGAAGGACGCUCUCUGGCCUCGCGCCCUCUCCGGCCACCAUGUUCCUCUCACCCCCGAGCCUCGUCCUGCGGGUGCUGAAUGUCCGGGCGGGCUCCGCCCUCCUGUUCUGGCUCUUGGGGCUGACCCUCCGCUCGCCGCCCCUCUCGGGGCAGAAGCCCGAGGACAAGUACCCCGUGGUGCCCACCAACUACGGGAAGCUGCGAGGCAUCAAGAAAGGCCUGAAUAACGAGAUCCUGGGCCCCGUGGUCCAGUACCUGGGCAUCCCGUACGCCACGCCGCCCGUAGGGGAGCGACGCUUCCAGCCGCCCGAGGCUCCUGCUUCCUGGUCCGAGGUGCGCAAUGCCACAGCUUUUGCUCCUGUCUGUCCCCAGAAUAUCCAUGGCAUGCUUCCAGGGAUUAUGCUGCCGGUCUGGUUCACCGACAAUUUGGAGAUUGUGGCCGGCUACGUCCAGAAUCAAAGCGAAGAUUGUCUCUACCUCAACAUCUAUGUCCCCAUGGAGGACGGUCCGCUCACGAAAAAGCGUGAGGAAGCGUCAGCUAACAAUCCCACUCCAGACGAAGAUAUCCGAGACAGUGGGAAAAAACCCGUGAUGCUCUUCAUCCAUGGUGGAUCUUACAUGGAAGGGACCGGGAACAUGUUUGACGGCAGUGUCUUGGCUGCGUAUGGCAAUGUGAUUGUUGUCACCCUGAACUACCGGCUCGGCGUGCUGGGGUUCAUGAGCACUGGCGACCAAUCGGCCAAGGGGAACUACGGUCUCCUCGACCAGAUUCAGGCCUUGCGAUGGCUGAAUGAGAACAUUGGCCAUUUCGGGGGGGACCCUGAGCGCAUCACCAUCUUUGGCUCAGGGGCCGGGGCCUCCUGUGUCAACCUUCUCAUCCUGUCUCACCACUCGGAAGGUUUGUUCCAGAAAGCUAUUGCUCAGAGCGGCACCGCCAUUUCCAGUUGGUCAGUCAACUACCAGCCACUCAAAUACACCCGGAUGCUGGCCUCUAAGGUGGGCUGCGAUCACAUGGACACCAGCAGCACGGUGGAGUGUCUGCGGCGCAAGCCUUAUCGGGAGCUGGUGGACCAAGACAUUCAGCCCGCACGCUACCACAUUGCGUUUGGCCCCGUGGUGGAUGGCGACGUGGUCCCAGAUGACCCGGAGAUCUUGAUGCAGCAAGGCGAGUUCCUCAACUAUGACAUCCUCAUUGGUGUCAACCAGGGAGAGGGGCUGAAGUUUGUGGAGGACUCCAUGGAGAACGAAGAUGGCAUCUCAGCCAGCUACUUUGACUUCACCAUUUCCAACUUUGUGGACAACCUGUACGGCUACCCCGAAGGCAAGGAUAUCUUGCGGGAGACCAUCAAGUUCAUGUAUACUGACUGGGCUGAUCGAGACAACGGUGAGAUGCGCCGGAAAACCCUCCUGGCUCUCUUCACUGACCACCAGUGGGUAGCUCCUGCCGUGGCUACCGCUAAACUCCACGCCGAGUACCAGUCGCCUGUGUACUUCUAUACCUUCUAUCAUCACUGCCAGACGGACACUCGUCCUGAGUGGGCUGAUGCAGCCCAUGGGGAUGAGAUCCCCUACGUCUUCGGCGUGCCCAUGAUUGGGGCCACGGACCUCUUUCCUUGCAACUUUUCCAAGAACGAUGUCAUGCUGAGUGCCGUUGUAAUGACAUACUGGACCAAUUUUGCAAAGACAGGGGACCCCAACCAGCCGGUGCCGCAGGACACCAAGUUCAUCCACACCAAACCGAACCGCUUUGAGGAGGUGGUGUGGACCAAGUUCAACACGAAAGACAAGCAGUAUCUGCACAUCGGCCUGAAGCCCCGGGUGCGGGACAACUAUCGUGCUAACAAGGUGGCUUUCUGGCUGGAACUGGUGCCCCACCUCCACAACCUUCACGAGCCCCCCUACACGUCGACCACCACCCGGAUCCCCCCAUACGUCACCCGCUGGCCCAGCACCCGGGUGGGGCCAAGCACAACGCGCCAGUCCAUCUCUACCCUUCCCCCGGAUGAAGAUGACGUCGGUCGGCCCCCACGCUACGUCCCCUUCCCCGGAGACUCGCGGGACUACUCCACCGAGCUCAGCGUGACCGUGGCCGUCGGGGCCUCCCUGCUCUUUUUGAACAUCUUGGCUUUCGCUGCCCUCUACUACAAACGGGACAAGCGGCACGAGCUGCGGAGCGGGCGACGCCUCAGCCCCCAGCGGAGUGCAGCCAACGACCUGGUGCACGGCGGGCAGGAGGAAGAAAUCAUGUCCCUUCAGAUCAAGCACUUGGAGCAUGACGCGCACGACCUGGAGCCCCUCCGACCGCAUGAAAUCUUACGCCCUGCCUGCCCUCCCGACUACACCCUGGCUCUCCGCCGGGCGCCUGACGACGUCCCCCUGAUGACCCCCAAUACCAUCACCAUGAUCCCCAGCACCAUCACGGGUAUGCAAGCUUUGCACCCCUUCAACACGUUCCCCACUGGACACAACAACACCCUUCCUCACCCUCACUCCACCACCCGUGUAUAGUUGUCCUCCUCUCUGUGCCCUAAGCCGCCCGGUGGGAGGGGGUCUCUUUCCAACCUGCUCCGAGAGGGAGGCCCUCUUCCCGCCCCAUGGCCCCGACAGGCCUUUUGUACAACACUGUGGGGGAACAGCAGGGUGGGAUCGCUAGAGAGGCCCGGGGGUAGCCCGGUGGGGUUGGCAGCCCUUCGCCCAAACCUGGUUGCGCCUUGGAGCUUCCACCAUCCUCUGAGACGUGGCGUAGCACGGAAGCCAAGGGAGCAUGGGAGGCCGCCAUUCUUCCGAGAAGUCAAGAAUUGGAGUUAGCGGGCACACUGGUGGGAGAACAGCGUCCUUCCGCUCAGGUGUGGAGGGACGUUGGAGAAGCUGAUUAUCACUUUGAAGGGUGUUUGGGUGCUCAGGUUGCUGGGGAGGCAGAGGGGGAGAGAGGUUCUGGAGAGGACCAUAGCCUUCCCAGCCAGGGAGCUGGCACCAUUCCUUGGUCCUCCUGAAAAAGAACCAGGCAAGUUCUAGGCACACAGCAAACACAGGAAGGGCCUCGUUAGCUGUUUUGGGGGCUGGAUAAACCAGCUCUAAACCUGGGUAUCAAAGCCUAGAGGGAGGAAGGACGAAACCAGCAUCUGCCCAACUUUUCUAUGCCAACCUCCACAGAAUCUCCUUGACCCCGCGCGCGCACA